AAACUUCCUUGUCAUGCCGGUAACGACUCCCACCACCGCAUCCUCCCCGCUUUUCCCACUCCCAACCACGACCGCGGCCGGCCGGCGAAUCGCCUCGAUUCCGGCGUGCGAAUUCCUCCACCUCGCCGCCGCCGCUGCUCGCGACCGAUCUUCACCUUCCGCUUCCCCCCCCCUGCAGCCGAUUGGACUCGAUCCUAUCCUAUCCUAUCCUAUCCCCGAACGGGCGAUCUGGUAGGCGAGAGAGACCAGCCAUGUCGGGGGUGUUCGGCAAGGUGUUCGGGAAGUCCAAGGCGCAGAGCCAGGCCACCGCGCUGGCCUCCAUCGACAAGCUCAGCGAGACUCUUGAAAUGCUGGAAAAGAAAGAAAAUUUGCUAGUGAAGAAAGCGAAUCUUGAGGUUGAGAAGGCCAAGACCUUCACUAAAGCGAAGAAUAAAAGAGCUGCAAUACAAUGCUUAAAGAGGAAGAGAUUAUAUGAGCAACAGAUUGAGCAGCUUGGUAAUUUCCAAUUAAGGAUACAUGAUCAGAUGAUAAUGCUGGAAGGUGCAAAGGCUACAACAGAGACUGUUGAUGCAUUGAGAACUGGAGCAUCGGCGAUGAAAGCAAUGCACAAAGCGACAAAUAUUGACGACGUUGACAAGACAAUGGAUGAAAUUAAUGACAAUAUGGAGAAUAUGAGGCAGAUCCAGGAUCUACUAUCUGCUCCUAUUGGAGCUGCAGCUGAUUUUGAUGAAGAUGAGCUGGAAGCUGAAUUAGCAGAUCUGGAGGGGGAGGAAUUGGAGGCAGAGCUUCUAGCACCUACAACGACUGCCCCUACUGCUCCAGUGCGUGUACAGCAACCAACUCGGCCUUCUGCCCAGAGCAGCAAAACUGAAGAUGACGAGUUGGCAGCUUUGCAGGCAGAGAUGGCUAUGUAAUUAGUUUUGCAGGCUUUGAUAGGGUCAUGCCAAAAGAUCAGAUACUUCAAAUACUCCUAUAUUGGACUCUGGUGUACUCAUGAAGAUCUUCCUAGGAAGAUGUCAGAGACACAGAAGCAAGCUGCAUGCCAGCCUAACCCGUUAUGUAUGGUAUCAUGUCAUGUUACUGCCUUGUAAAUCAAACAGAGCUAUUUGAGCACAUUAUGAGCUAAUAAAAUGUACUACCCGUGAUGGCGUCAUUAUGAUGUGUUUCAGUCUGUACCAUAUCGUUUUGACGUUUUUAGUGUAGGUCAAUUUAUAGUUUCUCUUGAUUCGAAUCUGAAGUACUACAUUGAUGGUCGAAUAUAGACAGUUCUCUAAAUAAUGUGAAUGAUGAUUGUAUAGGGUGCUGUACAUUCCUUCA